AUGGUGCGUAGUAUCCCGCACACAGAGAAGUUGUUCAUUGGCAGAGAUUUCAAUGGCCAUAUUGGAGCUAGUGCUAGGGGUUAUGAUGAUAUGCAUGGCGGGUUCAGUUUUGGGGAUAGGAAUGAGGGAGAUAAUUCACUGUUGGAUUUUGCUAGAGCUUUUGAUUUGGUUAUAGCUAACUCGAGUUUUCUGAAGAGGGAAGAGCACGUGGUCACUUUCCGGAAUUCAACGGGCAAGACUCAAAUUGAUUAUCUUCUCUGUAGGAAAUGUGAUAAAGGUCUAUGCAGUGAUUGUAAGGUCAUCCCAAGUGAGCACCUCACGACCAUACAUAGGCUCCUAGUUAUGGACCUGGAGAUUAAGAGGAGUAAGAGGAAGAGGGCGGGGUGCAGGAAACCUAAGAUCAAGUGGGGUAACUUGACCAAGGACAAAGCUCAGGAGUUAGGGGAGAAGUUGUUGGCUAUGAGGGCCUGGAUGAGCGGGGGGACGCGUCUAGUAUGUGGUUCACGACUGCGAAUUGCAUUAGGAUAA